AUGCAUAGCACCUGGCCUCUAUCAGCGGUGUUGCUGGGGUUGUUGACCAAUGUUGUCGGGGAGUUCUACGAUACCUUCACCGGGAAGCAGAUAUCACCGUUUAAGUAUGCGGAGUACCGAUCUUUGGGUUUGGUCCCUUACUGCGCCCAAGAGAUCAAGACAUGUAACGAAAAGGAGACACGCCGCGCAGACUACUCUUGCAAUAACCUGCAUUAUCCUAUCAGAGGCACCGUCUUUACUCCGUAUAGAAGAAUGCUUCCUCCUAUCUUUGGGAGGAACUACGACAACAGACCCCAGAUUUCGGGAAUGCCCCUCCCCAACAUCCGCGCAGUCCGCACAUCACUAAUGUCUGACGGGCGCAUCGCAAGCAAAACUUUUACUACGCAGCUCAUGAGUGGCCUGCUCGCAAUCCUCGGGGACUGCACUACGGUCCAUGAUAUUUUCAAUUACGUAUUGUUUACUCCUACUUGCUGCAUUACUGGUGAUUCUGAUCCCCGCUGCCGGCCGAUCUAUGUCCCUAACGACGACUUUCACCUUCGCUAUAGUCAAACUCGCUGCCUCAAUCUCACGAAGCCUAUUACCUAUCAAGAUUUGGGAUGCGCUCCGGCGACUUUGCCUCCUGAAAGAGUCAACCUAGCAGCUCCACUGCUAGACCUAUCAGGGAUAUACGGCAAUGACGAGACACGGGCGAGGCGGGGACGUGAACUGCGAGGGGGCAGGCUCAAAACGGAUUUUGUCAAUGGCAGAGAAUUUCCCCCGACUGGGUCAUAUAUUUGCGUACAGAAUCAAUUACCUCUUGGGGAGACUAGAUGUCAUGAUUCCCCUGAUCUAGCAUCGAACCUGCUAAUAGGGCCAAACGUCCUCACAGUCUGGCUAUUCCGAAACCAUAACAGAGUAGCUCGCGAGCUCGAAAGAAUGAACCCCUGCUGGAAUGACGAGUUAAUCUAUACGACGACAAAGGAGAUUCACAUUGGCUUGUUAAACCAGAUAUGGUAUUAUGAGAUGUUUCCGCUUCUGUUAGGUUACGACUACCUUCGCGACAGGGAGAUAAUAUACGACACGAAAGGCCAUGUCAACGAUUACAACCAAAAGUUAGAGCCCCGCGUCAGCAUCGAAUUCGUCGUCUUGUAUAGGUGGUUUCAUAAUAUGCAGGACGGACGGCUGAAUAAAUACACUCGCAAAGGAAAACUCCUCGAGGAGAUGAAGAUAGUGGAGUUUACGCUUCGCACAGGAGCCCUGACUAUCAACAAUACCAUUGAAGGCAUCACUCAAGGUUUCUUCAGGCAGGGCACUGCAGAAGCCGACUAUGUCAUUGACCCUGACAUGGGGGAAAGAGUCUUGGGCACUCUACAAUCGGUCUCCGAUAUCAUGGCGACGGACAUCCACAGAGGCCGCGAGGCUGGGCUCCCGCCGUAUGUGGAAUACAGGAAAUAUUGCCAUUUACCAGUGCCGAAGGAGUUCGAUGAUCUUUUGGAAUGGAUGCCAACGGAAAAAGUGGACGCGCUUAGGUUCAGAUAUGAACGUGUCGAAGACAUAGAGCUAUUUCCAGGAAUCCUAGGGGAAAAGUUCCUCGAUGGCCCGGUGCCUCCGACCUUGAAGUGCAUCAUGGCCGACCAGCUCUGGUGGUGGAGGAAAUCUGAUCGGUUCUGGUUCGAGAACAACCAGCAUCCUGGAGCUUUCACUGAAGAACAAUUGUACGAGAUCAGGAAAUCAACGAUGUCCAGGAUUCUUUGCGACAAUGGAGACGAGGUCGAUGAAGUACAGCCCAACAUGUUCCUCUUACCGGAUAAAGGAAACGAGAUGGUAAAGUGCUUAGAUAUACCAAAAGUGAGUCUUCUGCCCUGGAAAGACAAUUGUGGAAAGGACUACGAGGAGCCAAAGCUACCGAAACUAACAGCUGCCAGAGAGAUGUCGUCGAAACCAAAUCCCGAAUAUGACGAAUUUUCUUGGGAGAACUGGGGGCGAUAA